ACGGUAUACUUUAAUUGUUAUCGAAACGGUCAUCCUCUUUCCGUUGUGAAAAUAAUUUUAAUUGAAAUUAAAAAUCUACUGCUGUGCAUUUGUUUUAGUGUGAACAAAAUAAGAAAAAUACAUUACAAAAUAAAUAUUGAGACUAUUUUGGUGCAAAUAAUAGUUUAAGCAUGAUUGAUCCAAGUUCAAGUGAGGAAGAGGGUGAAGAUGAUCCCGUUACCAAUGUGCCAGCUAAAGGAAGAAGUAUACAAACGCCCAAAGGCGUAAACAGUAUAUCUACCUUAGGUGUAUCUUCCGCAGCUGGAUGUAACAUUGUCACAACUGGUUCAAAUGGCGAUUUGACUGGACCCCAAAAACAAUUAAACCCCAAUACUGGCCGCCUAGACAUGGGAAGUAUUACGGGUGGACAAAAUUCUUCAAAAAAUAGUCAAAUUUAUGGCGGUCGAGUAGAUGGAUCGAAUCUUGAAAUACCUACGAAGACUAUUCCCAGUGGUAUAUCCCAAGAAACAUUAAAUCAAAGUAUAGGAUCUUCGAGGGCCAACUCACUGCCAAGACCAUUGUCACCAACACCUUCAAUAGAAAGCGACAAGCAAGAGCCUUCCGAUUUUCAUGACAAACAUGAACGCGAGGAAGAAGAGCGGAAACGUCGAAUUCAACUUUAUGUAUUUAUAUCAAGAUGUAUUUCAUACCCCUUUAACGCGAAACAGCCCACAGAUAUGACAAAAAGGCAAACAAAAAUUACAAAGCAGCAACUAGAAGUCAUAACUCAACGAUUUCAGGCAUUUCUUAAAGGUGAAACGCAAAUAAUGGCUGAUGAGGCAUUCCAAAAUGCAGUACAAAGCUAUCAUGAUGUGUUUCUAAAAUCGGAACGGGUUUCAAAAAUGGUUCAAUCUGGAGCUUCAUCCCAACAUGAUUUUCGAGAAGUUUUUCGAAACAAUAUUGAAAAACGAGUCAGGUCUUUACCGGAGAUUGAUGGUCUUAGUAAAGAGACUGUUUUAACUUCUUGGAUGGCAAAAUUCGACAUUAUAUUAAAAGGUAGCGGUGAAGAGGACUCAAAACGCCCCUCACGUAUGCAGCAAUCAUUGAACAGUGAACUAAUUCUUUCAAAAGAGCAAUUAUAUGACAUGUUUCAACAAAUAUUGUCAGUAAAAAAAUUUGAACAUCAAAUUCUUUACAACGCGUUAAUGUUGGACUCUGCUGAUGAACAAGCAGCAGCAAUUAGACGAGAACUAGAUGGCAGAAUGCAACGUGUUGGAGAAAUGGAAAAAAAUAGAAAACUGAUGCCAAAAUUUGUACUCAAGGAGAUGGAGUCUCUGUAUAUCGAAGAAUUAAAAUCUUCGAUCAAUCUCUUAAUGGCAAACCUUGAAUCACUUCCGGUAUCAAAGGGAAACAUGGAUAGCAAAUAUGGCCUUCAAAAGCUAAAACGUUAUAAUCACAGUACGCCGUCAUUUUUGAAAUUAAUAUUGCGAUCUCAUGGUUCCUUGUCCAAGCUUGAGGGUGACUCAGAGGAUGGUUCCAAUCAGUUAACAAAACUUGACGUUGUGCUGACAUUUCAAUUAGAAGUAAUUGUAAUGGAAGUGAAAGGUCUUAAGUCGUUAGCUCCCAACCGAAUCGUCUAUUGUACAAUGGAGGUUGAAAACGGUGAAAAGCUACAAACUGAUCAAGCAGAGGCCUCCAAACCGAUGUGGGAUACCCAAGGGGAUUUUACAACUACGCAUCCUCUACCUAUCGUCAAAGUCAAACUCUAUACCGAAAAUCCAGGAAUGUUAGCUUUGGAGGAUAAAGAAUUAGGAAAAGUGACCCUUAAACCUACACCACUAUCAUCAAAAUCACCUGAAUGGCAUCGCAUGAUUAUUCCCAAGAAUUUACCUGACCAAGAUAUACGCAUAAAAAUAGCAUGCAGGCUGGAUAAGCCACUAAAUAUGAAACAUUGCGGGCAACUGUAUGCGAUCGGAAAAUCUGUUUGGAAAAAAUGGAAAAAACGGUAUUUUGUCUUAGUUCAAGUAUCCCAAUAUACGUUUGCCAUGUGUAGUUACAAAGAAAAAAAAUCGGAACCGUCGGAAAUGAUGCAACUUGAUGGCUAUACAGUAGAUUAUAUUGAAGCAGCAAGUGCAAAUCUUAUGUUCGGAAUAGACUUGAACGGCGGUCGUUUUUUCUUCAACGCAGUUCGAGAAGGCGAUAGUAUUUCAUUUGCUUGUGACGAUGAGAAUGAGUGCAGUCUUUGGGUUAUGGCAAUGUAUAGGGCUACAGGUCAGUCACAUAAGCCAACACCUCCAGUAACACAAGAUAAAAACUCAGCUAUGUCAAAAAUUCAAGGUGACGCAGACAAAGCCAGAAAGCAUGGAAUGGAGGAUUUUAUAAGCGCUGAUCCUUGUAAAUUUGAUCAUGCCGCACUUUUUAAAACCUUGCAAAAUCUUACACUCGAAUAUCGACUUAAUGAUCCUUAUGCAUCUCUGGGUUGGUUUAGCCCAGGGCAAGUUUUUGUGUUGGACGAAUAUUGCGCCCGAUAUGGUGUACGAGGAUGUUACAGGCACUUAUGUUACCUCUCGGAUUUAUUGGAUCGUGCUGAAAAACAACACAUGAUAGACCCAACAUUAAUUCAUUAUUCUUUUGCUUUUUGUGCAAGUCAUGUACACGGAAAUCGACCUGAUGGAGUCGGAAGUAUUACCCAUGAAGAAAAAGAAAAAUUUUCGGAAAUUAAGCAACGCUUGCGUCAGUUGCUAGAGUUUCAAAUAACAAAUUUUAGGUACUGUUUUCCUUUUGGUCGCCCUGAAGGAGCACUUAAAGCAACAUUAUCUUUGCUUGAAAGAGUUUUGAUGAAAGACAUUGUUACUCCGGUGCCUCCAGAAGAAGUUCGUCAAAUGAUAAAAAAAAGUUUGGAAACAGCUGCUUUUGUAAACUAUACGCGUCUUUCCAAUAAGGCAAAAAUUGAGGAGGAUUUACGAGGAGAGAUUAAUGUGCCGCCACCAAAAAAACUUGAGGACUUAAUACAUUUAGCAGAACUUUGUGUUGAUUUACUUCAACAAAAUGAAGAGCAUUACGGGGAACUCCACAGACAUGAUAAAAUGGAAAAAAAUAAUAUACGUAAGGAAAACGAUGAUGAUUCAGAACAACGGGAUAUCAGCGAUGUUGAUUUCACCGGAAAUACUGGUCUAAUUAAUACAACUGAACAGGCAACUGAUGAAUUUGUUAAGGCAUCGGCUUUUCGUUACUGUAUGCCAACGCACGCGGUAUUUACUUCGCCUGUACCAACGGCAUUUGCUUGGUUCAGCGACUUGCUAGUUGAACACGCGGAAAUUUUUUGGUCCCUUUUCGCUGUUGAUAUGGAUCGAGUUUUAUCUGAUCAGGCUCCUGAUACGUGGGACUCAUUUCCAUUAUUUCAAAUUUUAAAUGAUUAUCUAAGGGCUGAUGAUAAUUUGCGUAAUGGACGUUUUCAUCAACACCUUCGGGAUACUUUUGCACCUUUGGUUGUACGGUAUGUCGAUCUCAUGGAAUCUUCAAUAGCUCAAUCGAUUCAUAAAGGAUUUGAAAAAGAACGCUGGGAGAGCAAAGGGAUUAACGCUGCUCUGAAUCCAGCAGCAUUAAACAAUGCUGCACAAGCCCUUAACACAGCGGCUCUCAACCCAUCAACGCUACUCAGCAGCAAGAAAGAUCAAGUCAAUUUUUAUGUUCCGAGAUUACCAAGGCAAUCAGUUUCGACAGUGGCCAACGAUGAUAUGAGAAACGGGUGUGCGACUUCGGAGGAUUUAUUUUGGAAGCUUGAUGCUUUACAGUCUUUUAUAAGAGAUCUUCAUUGGCCCGACGCUGAUUUUCGACAACACUUGGAACAGCGAUUAAAAAUGAUGGCAGUUGACAUGAUUGAACAAUGCAUCCAUCGAACAGAUUCAUCCUUUCAGUCAUGGUUAAAAAAAAAUAUUGCUUUUAUAUCAACUGAUUAUAUUAUACCUUCUGAAAUGUGCGCUAUGGUCAAUGUGAUAUUAGAUGCUAAAAACCAAAGCUUUAAAUUAACUACUAUUGAUGGCAUUGAUUUGUACAAAUUCCAUGCAAAAAUUGAUGAUCAAAUUGACAAAGCGAAUGUAGCGAUGACACAAGGUCUAAGCGGUAAACUUAUGUCAGUGCUAGAGUCGACUUUGUCAAAACUAGCUCGAUACGACGAAGGUAGCCUAAUAGGAUCAAUUCUUAGUUUUACAAAUGUUUCGAGCUCGGGAAAAGAUCUUGGACAAGGAUAUGUGAAUUUCUUUCGAAAUAACAUGGAUCAAAUACGUGGAAAGAUUGGAGAUGAUUUAUGGACACUUAAUUUUUUUGAACAAUGGUAUUCACAACAGAUUAGUAUGCUCUGUAAUUGGUUAUCGGAACGUUUAGAUCAUGCCUUACACUAUGCCCAAGUGUCAUCUAUAUCUCACAUCGUUAAGAAAAUAUAUUCCGACUUUGAAUUACAAGGAGUCUUAGAAGAUAAAUUAAAUUCAAAAGCAUAUCAGUCAGUCGCCCUUCGGAUGACAACUGAGGAAGCAACAUGUGCAUUAACAAUGCCGGAUGUUAAUGAAGGCGACGAUGCAUGCGAUGACUUUCGAGAAGCAGACGAAGAAGAUAAUGGAGAUGAGUCUACUACAACCAAAGCCUUACCAAAAUCUAAAGUGGCCGCCGCGCAAGCCGCUGCUGUAACUAAUGUAGUAGCUGGUCGAGUUGGAAAUUUAUUGGGCAAAGGCAUCGGUGGACUUAGCUCAAAAUUGGGGACCGGAAGUUGGUUUUAGUUAGGUUGUCCAAAAAUAGUAAAAUUGUAUUUUGUGUCAAGUAUUUCAGAUACUAGCAAUGAAUGAAAAAAGAAAAUAAAUAAAAUGUUUUAAAUUUGGUCAAAAAUAAUUGU